AUGUCAGGCGGUAUUGGACUAGGUUUGGGUUUCACCUCUGUUGAUUUCGAAAAGCCUUCUUCUACCAUUGUAAGCGAUUCACGUCCAGAUGGCUCUCUCGCUCAACCCACUCAUCCAGCAUAUCAGGUCAAAGUACCGGAACGAUCUCAUCGGGGACCACGAUCUCUGGGUGUAGGCAAACGAUUCGUCUCUUCACCCUCUCAAACUCUUCGUCCAAGUAUAUACGACAAAUCAACUUCCAAUCCUCUAUCUAUCCCAUCUCCAUCUACAUCAGCUUCUUCCGGACCAGAUCCUAAGAACAGAAACAUGUUGAUCAAUUCACCUCAAUUGGGAUUGGAUCUAGUCAACAUCAACCCAACGCAGCAUUUGCGUUUGAUGAAGAAGCGUUCUCUUGCAGGGGAUAACAAACGUGAUUUCGGUUUGAGCUCGAACGACCCUUUGAAUAGGAUGUCAAAUCAAGCUCAAGCUAUCGGCACUGCCAGUUCACCGACGAUCGGGUCAUCUCCCACACUAGGUUCAUCACCCAUCAUGUCUUCUUCACCUAUUCCUUCUCAGGAACAUCACGUCGACAUGCUAGGUCCAUCUAUCGCUCUAUCGGUGGUGCUUGGUUUGUUAGUAUUGGGAGUAGCAAGUUGGGUGGGUAUACAUUAUAGAAGGAAGCGACUUUUACUUCAACAACAACAAGAAGAGGAAGAGAAUGGGUAUGGACAUGGAAGAAGAAGGAGAGAAAGGGAUUCAGAUGAAAAAUCAUUCACAUCUGAAAUGUUCAAUGCUUCUAACGUUGUCGAAAAAGGAUUGAAACCGAAAUCACUUGGUGAGAUUAUGAACGGAGAAGAGCUAAGAUCAAGUUUCAUAUCGUAUAAACGACCGUUAUCUACUGUACACCCUUCAGCUGGUGGUAGAAGAGUCAGUUUUGUCGAUACAGUAGAAAAGCAUCAUGAUGAUCAAGACGAUGAUGACAACUCAGGUAACAGGAACAGGAGAGAAAGUGUUUUGCCGCCUCCGAGAUUUAUGAUCGCUGCUUUGCACCAACCCGAAGUGGAACAUACAGAAGAUGAAUUGGAAGAAGAGAUGGAACAGCCCGUCCCAUCACCUCGAACUUCAAUUGCGCCGACCCUAGAGAUGAUCGAAGAGGAGUUAGAAGAGGAAGAAUCCAGCUCGAACAGCACCCGACCUCAAGGGGAAAUUGCUGACGAGGUAUGCAGAGAUUCAAUGGUAUCUUCUACCUCAUCUUCAAGUGACUCAUCAACUUGUUCAGGCGAUUAUACCACCGCAUCUGCACGAUCAAGUAUAUCAUCUUUGUCAGCUUUAUCAAUCAUUUCAUCUUCCUUCCCCCAAACACCAAGGGAUCAAUCUACCCCUCCACCAGCCAUGCAGAUGGAAUCGCCCAAUCCGGAGAAUGAAAUGGGUGGUGGGAUAUAUGAUUCGCCCACUCCAACCGGCAAGUUUCAAUCUAGGAGGAAGCGAGCUCAAUCUCACGGUGGCACAGGAUUGGUCGAAGUGCAGAAACAUGAUUUGCUUAGAACGGCGGUAGGCAGAACAAUGAGCUUACAGCCUACCAAGGAACUUAGAGAAUUCAUCAAGUCAAUGACUGCUCAAAACGAGGUUGGAAACAUGCCUCGCGCGCCUACUGGCACAAAUCACAGUACCAUAUCGAGAAAGACAACACUUGAGUCGAACGUAGGACGGGAGAACAACGAUCGAAGCGAGAAUGAACCGAAAGAACCUGAAAAACAGAAAAUAGAUGAGAUGGAAGAUCUUAGGGUGGCAGCUUUCAUAUCCUCUCAGCUUGAAGAAAAAGUCACCAUGGAACAGCAACAAGAGGAACAAAAAGAAUCAAGAAUUAUGGCAAGAUCAACUUCAUUCCCAUCCAAAUUACUUUCUCGUCGUAAAUCGACAAAAAGGAGUCCGUCAUCGUCCUCUAGGAAAUCUGAAAUUGUAUUAUCUAAUGGGUAUUUGAAAAAGGCUUGGAGAGCUUUCAAUGCCCACGAGGAAGUACCGGUCAUUCCUACCAACAUACCUACUUUACUUGCCAGAUCACAGGAAGAAGAAAGUAUAAAGAGUUUAGCUGAGAGACAGGUCCAGCUAGAGAGGUAUCUAAGCUUGAUCCAAUCGGAGGGUCAACAACACGUUCAGAAAAAUAAUGAUAAUGACAAUGACAAUGAUGCCGAAGAGGUAGAGGUAGAGGCAGAUCCUUACAUACAGCAUGGAGAGGAGGGAGAAGAUGAUAUGGAUAUUGAAGAAGAGGAAGAAGAAAGGGAAGAUAUGGAAGAAGUUGACUCAGUAUGGGAUCCUGAUGCGUAUGCUCAAGACAUGGAGGAUGAACAAGGCAUAGCCUUUGAAGAUUAUUAUAUCCAUUUCGAAUCUGACGAUGUCUACUCACCGGAAUUAGAGAAUCAAAUGGAUCUAAGAACGAACAGGAUCAGUUACGCACCUGGUGUACCUCACAUAAGAGUGACUAGUCAUUGA